AUGAUGUUAAGUUCUCCGUCUUCAUUUUAUACAGCCUUGGAUUCUCCAUCGUCGCCCAGUCCAACAUUCUCUUCGAUGGCAGAUGGCACAAAUGAACGUGGAGGUUCCUUAGAACACCCACAAUAUUGCCAAGCAAAUCAAAUCUCUAGUGAAAUUGAGGAGCAUGUCAAGAUAUACUUCGAUGAACUGUUGUAUAACCACGCUCUCACCUUACUUUCUGAUGCCUUUACUGCUGGUAUUUCACAUUCAAGCGCAACUUCGAAAGCUGCCUGUAUACCAACCCAUAAAUUCUUGCAAAUAGCCAGUACGUUACUUGUACAUCCGGUCUCUACAACUCGUGCCAAGCAUGAAAAUGUCGAAGUAGCAUCAAGAUCUAUUGUGUUUCUACGAAAUAUUCUCACCGAAAUCGGUCCCAAGAGUGGUAAUCUAGCGCAAGCAUUUUCUUUCGAAGCACGCAGAUACUCCCGACGGCGUUCUCACGAUGGAGAUAGUAGUUCGAAUAGUGAUGAUGAUGAUAUAAAGGGAGUGGUAUCUCAAAAUGGACUGUGGAGAUGCGCCAAGGACUUUUGGCAGAUUGUGGGUUGGUCAUUUAAUUGCAGCGUUAGGCAUCCGAAGAGGUGGAGAUAUUGGAAGAUUCUUUUGGAGUAUCUGCUAGAUGUACUGGAUGCAGAUUGGCAGGAACGAAAAGCUAUGGAUGACACGACAUUCACGGCCAAAGUUGAUCAAACCCAAGGGGCUGAGCUGCUUUCUCCUGGUUAUGAAUUACUUCAAGGUUCGUUACUGGCACAAUAUAUAGGCGUGUCUAGUCAAAAUCGCAAUGGCAACGCUGUUCGGCGGAUUGUUAAGGCAGCCUUUGCGGAUGGCUCUGUGCAAUCCAUGAAAGCGUAUCCGGAGGUUUUUGAGAAUGAGGUCAAGGACAUCAAGAAAGACUUGUCACAAAAGAGGAAAUGGGAUGACAGCAAAAAUAUUAAGGAGAUGGGCUUUGGUGAUUACAACGAAGAGGAAGAAGAAGACAUCACAUCUGAUACAUCCAAAGGUUCUGAAGAACCAGUUCAGAAGCCAAGUAAGAAAAGAAAUACAACAUACUCUUCUACUAUAGGAGACCCGGACUCCAUUCGCUUGCGUCAGCGAGUCAUAACUCUACUGUCCCGCGUAUCUGUGGUCCUUCCACAAGUGUUUGUGCCCGUCGCCGAUGUCUACGACCUCCUCCAAGAGUUCACCGCAGCACUUCCUGUCGCAUCAUUUUCACUUCUACUCAACAUAUCACGAAUAUCACCAUUUCCUUCCGAGGUCCUUAUCUCACUGAUGCAACUAAUAUGCUGUCGCUAUCUUCCUAAAUCCACGCCCUUUCCUCACGACGUCGAGAAUUCUACAAAUGAUUCACUCACGCAACCAAUUCUCGAAAUCUGUUAUUUACCAUGGAGUCCCAUGACUUCAUCUGUUGAGGAUAAUGCCAAGUAUUCAAUUUUGGUUGAAAAUCUACUUCGCCUAUUUUUGACGGGUUGUGAGGCGAACCAUACGUCUAAUCUAGACGAGGCGAUAGAAAAUGGAAUCAGUGCGAGGGAAAAGAUAUGUAAGCCGGAUAGCAGACGAAGAGUAGAUGCUGUAACAAAGAAGAAGGAAGAGAUUGCGAGGAUCUUCCUAGAUGCAAGUUCGAGGAGACUGAGGAGUUUGGUAGAUUGGAUAGAAAUAUGCAAUGCCUAA